AUGGUUGGGUCAGCGCUUCUCCAAUUCUCCUUGCUGCUUGUGGUGGCCUCAGUUGCUAGAAAUGAUGCUGCCAAACAGAAGGAAUGGAUGAAAUGUUUCAAUGAAACCGAUUAUGAGGGACUCUUAGAUAUUGCCAAAAAUGGGCUGAAAAAAACUUGGAAGCCAAAGACCAUUGUGAUUGUUGGAGCAGGAAUAAGCGGACUCACUGCCGCCAAAUUACUAAAAGAUGCUGGGCAUCAGGUUCAAGUUCUGGAAGCCAGCGAGCGUGUGGGUGGCCGGAUAAAGACCUAUCGUGAAGAAGGCUGGUAUGUGGACUUGGGGGCUAUGCGUCUGCCCCAAAACCACAAAAUUGCUUAUGAAUAUCUAAAGAAAUUCAAGCUCACCGUAAAACCUUCUGUUCAGUCGGAUGAGAAUGCCUGGUAUUUGAUCAGGAAUAUAAGAAAAAGGGUGCGAGAAGUGAAGGCCAAUCCUGACAUUUUUGGAUACCCAGUGAGGCCCAAUGAGAAGGGCAUAUCUGCUAAUGAACUCUUUGACAGAGCACUGAGCAAGAUAACAAGCAACUGCACACUGUUAAAGAAGUAUGACUCAGUUUCCACCAUGGAAUUCCUACUGAAAGAAGGAAACCUGAGCAGAGGAGCUGUGGAUAUGAUUGGUGUCCUCUUGAAUCUUGAACCUAUCUUCCACAGAUCAUUUUACAACCUCCUUUUGGGAGAAGCUAUGGUUCCUCUGAAUGUUCGUUUUGAUGAAAUCACCGGCGGGUUUGACCAACUACCCAAGGCCUUUUUCAAGGAAAUGCCUGGGAUAGUACGAUUUAACUCAACAGUAGAGAAGGUUAUUCGAUCAGGCAAGAAAGUAAGGGUGUGGUUCCGCCAGGGAGACAAAUCUGUCCUAUCGUCUCUGACUGCUGAGUAUGUCCUCAUUACAGCUACUACAAAAGCCACACGGCUCAUUAAAUUCCUUCCUCCUCUUUCCCUGACGAAAGCUCAUGCUCUGCGUUCCUUUCAUUAUACUAGUGCCACUAAAAUUGCCUUAGCUUGCACUGAGAAAUUUUGGGGAAAAGAUGGGAUUCGAGGUGGGCGGUCAGUUACAGAUCUCCCCUCUCGCAUUAUCUACUACCCAAGUCAUAACUUCUCCAGUGGGAUGGGGGUCAUCUUGGCUUCUUAUACCCAGUAUAAUGAUGCAGACCUUUUUGUUCCCCUCAGUGAGGAAAAGUGUAUUGAUGUGGUCAUGGAUGAUCUAGUAGAAGUCCACCAAGUAUCCAAAGAAUAUCUCAAAUCUAUUUGCACUAAGCAUGUGAUAAAGAGGUGGGCUCUAGACAAAUUUUCAAUGGCAGCAUAUGCUUCUCCUACACCAUACCAGUUUAGUCACUUUUUCAAGAGUUUAUCUAAGAAUGAAGGAAGGAUUUACUUUGCAGGAGAACACACAGCCCAUCCCCAUACCUGGAUGGAAACAGCAAUGAAAUCUGCUAUUAGAGCAGCCAGUAGUAUUCACCGUGGUACCAACAAUAUAUUGCCAUAUUUAUAAAAACAAGCCUGGAUGAUGUCUAGCUUUUGGAGUCUGAGGUCAUACUGUGGGAAGACCAAAGUUGCUUCCGGACAUGAUUCCCACUCCUUGGAAACCCCUCCUUCCCUGAAAAAGUCCAUGAAGCACUGUCUCUUUUGAAAUUCCAUACAACUACAUCUCAUUGGAUUUCACUGGCCUCUGGACCCCUUUUCAUCCAGUCCCAAAACUCCACUACACCCGGAGCCCCCAUCCUGUUUCUGUGUCCCUCCUUGGGUAUUUCUAGUGCUGCUGACAUGCUUCUUCAGUGUCACCCUGGCUUGAGUUGUGGUGCCCAACUUCCCUCUGCAUGGAGCCUCCAUUCUCUCUGCUGCAACCCAGAGGGUCUUCCAGUGGGGAGUAUGAGUGAGUGGUGCCCUCUUUCCCCACUGCUACAGCCUAUUCAUGCUGGGCCAGCAGUAGGGAAAAAAAGGGGGAGAUGCUGGCUUAGCCCACCAGAUGAUUUCUCUAAGUGGCCCUUGGACAGAAAAGUUUGACCACCUUUGCUGUAAUAGUUGAACAUUCUUUUUCCCCAUCCAAUAUUCAAUGGCCUGUAUCUUACCAGUCCACUGGAGAAAAUUUGAAGAUUCCGCCAGCCUAA